AUGCGCGCGGACGAGGUUCGCUGCUGCACCGAGCCGGGUGUCGUCAUUGCAGGAUGGCGCCUGGCCUUGGACGAACUGAGCGGCCAAAGGGCAGAAGUAGAUGCCACCUACUGCGGCAACCUGGCGCUUGGUGCCUUUUCCAGACGCCGCCGAUGGAGAACUUCCAUGCUGCUCUUGCACAAGAUGUGGAAGGAGGCUUCUUCAGACCUCAUCUCGCUGAACUCGGUUUUGAAGGCGCUCUCUGCAGAGAGGCUAUGGAGGAAAGUACUCGAGCUUUUGAGGACUCCGCCCGGCUCUCGGCUGGCAGCCGACAUCAUCAGUUUCAACACCUCCAUCGCCAGCUGUGGCAACCAGUGGCCUCGAGCAUUUCGCUUGAUGAAGGCCAUGCGCGAGAGUGCCGUGAUCGCGGACACCAUCAGCAUCAAUUCCUCCAUGAGCGCGCCGCCAUCACCUGACGUCACUGUCGCUGUGCUGCUGUCGACGUUGCGGUCCUUGUGGGAUUUGGCUGCCACAGGUGCGCCUCUGCCGGGACAUGGGAGUCUGCUUUGGCUCUGCAGGUGGGUGCCGCCGCCGUCCGCCUGGCGGGAGAUGGCAUCAGCCAGAAUGUCGCCGUGGCGAGCUGCAUCCCACGAGGGAAGUGGCGCGUGGCGCUACGAUUGCCCAGGCCAAGUGCCUUUGCGGAAAACUCCGCGAUUGCGGCCUGCGCAGAGGCCGGGCGGUGGCACGAAGCGCUGA